AUGAUAAUGGAAGCUACAAUGAACUUCAAUGAACAGUGUAGGAUAGGGAAAUCAGUGUACAAAGCUAUAAUAGACGGUCAUGUUUUAGCUGUGAAAAAUGUUAAGGAAGACAUCACAGUAACUGAAGAGUUGAUGAUUCUUCCAAAGGUAAAUCAUGCAAAUCUUGUAAAACUAAUUGGUGUCUCUUCAGGAUAUGUUGGAAAUCACUUUCUUGUCUAUGAAUAUGAUGAAAAUGGAUCACUUUAUAACUGGCUGUUCUCUGAAUUUUCCACUGCUUCAAGCUCAGUGGCUUCCAUCACAUGGAAUCAGAGGUUAAGCAUAUCAAUUGAUGUUGCAAUUGGUCUGCAAUACAUGCAUGAACACAUAGAACCAAGUAUAGUCCAUAGAGACAUCACAUCACAUCAAGUAACAUCCUUCUUGACUCAAACUUUAAGGCUAAGAUAUCAAGAUUUUCAGUUGCAAGGAACUACAAAGAAUCCUAUGAUAACAAAAGUAGAUGUUUUCGCUUACGGGGGUUGUUCUGUUAGAGUUAUUAACAGGAGAGAAGUUUUUGUUGUAUAG